AUGGGUUCAAGAGGGCCAGAGCAUUCCUCUUCAUAUACGCCUCCAGGUUGGGAGGAGGACCUAGAAAAAACAGUUUCAACCCUAACCUCCGCCAGCCGAGGUCUAUCCUCUGCCCAACUUGAGCUCAGACAUACCGCUCUCCGCCUCAAGCCAAACACAUCUUUAAACGGCGGACACGAGCAAACAAAUUUGGAGAGAAUUAAUGAAACGCUAAAUGAGGAGAAAAAUAUGAAAAACUACGGAGAGAAGGAGGAAAGACGGAGCGUAGAGAGGAACGGAGAUAAAACGAAGGAGAAAGAGAAGGAGAAGAAUGGAAAGGAGAAGGGGACGGACGAAGAAAGACGGAAUGAGAUUAUUGAAGAAGCAUUUUCUGCACUUCAACGAGCAGAGGAGGAGAUUAAACAUCUCAGGUUAAGCCUGGAGGCUGCCCAGGAGUCCCUGGAGAAGAGCAGGUUAGACCUGGACAACUCCCAGCAGGAGUUCUUUAACCUUCACACCAGGCUUAAGCAGUCAGAAAACAAGCUUAGUUUAGUAGAACAGAGAUCAGCACAGCUUAGUCAAAACAGGAGGAGUCUGCUAUGUGAACUGCAGUCUACAAAGGAGGUACUCCUGAGUUCCUUGAACAAGGUUCAGGAUUUAGAACUUGACUCCAGGCAGGUUCCAGUACUCCAGGCUAGGGUUCAGGAGCUGGAACGGAGAAUACUGGUCUCAAGAAGGUUUGAAGGAAAGCUCCGGCCUAUGUCUACUAUAGACAGUGGAUUAUAUUCUACGGAUUCUACGGAUAGUGAUCAGGACCCGGAAAAAACAACCCAAGGAGGAUGGGAAGAUGAAGGAUAUAGUGUACGAGAUCAAGGUUUACCACCCCGACCUCCAUCCUCUAGAUCUAGGGAUAAGUCCCCGAGGUCAAAUACUCCCUCUAGUGGCGCAAGUGAGAAGUCCCCGAGGUCGAAUACACCAUCUAGCGGUCAUCACAGCGCAGGGUCAAAACUCUCCAGCUCUUCAAUGCAGUCACAGAAUACAGUUAGUCCUAUUACUGGAGAAAGUGGUAUAUCCCGACUCCGGAGAGAGAUUGAAACCUUGAAGAAGAAGUACAACCAGGCAGAGCAGGAAUGGGUUCAGGAGAGAGGUUGUUUGAUCAAUGAGUUGAGUCGACGCAAAGAUGAUUUUGGUGAGAUAUCCUCCGAUCUCCAGGUUCUCGAGGCUGAGAGGUUUAGACUUUCUCUGCUGGAGGACAAGAUUAAAGAGGUUCUCAACAUGCUCAGGACUCUUAACUCUAUGAGGAUAGGACAGAGAGCCCUUGGAAAACUUGUCGUUCAAGCAGUUGAUCAGUCAGUAGAUCCAGUUCUUGGAGAUAUACAGGUGUUCAAGUUCCUAAGCUGUUUGUACCACAGUACUCGUGAGUAUGAACGCCUGGCCGCCGACUCCAUGCUGACCCGCGCGCUGGAGGCUGUCGAGGGCGUCGAGGACGGAGAAGAGGAGGAUGAAUCAGAUUCUGACUCUAGUGAGAGUUUAACAAAUAUCCCGGAGGAGAUGGGAACCAUCCGACCACGUAGAGUUAGGGUUGAUCAACCAAACCAAACCUUUACUAUUGACGUCUAGUGCAGGAACUAAACCAAACCAAACAUUUCCGUGCACGUGUUCAUCUCCAAACCAAAUAUCAUCGGUUGAUUCCGUGCCUUGAGGUUUUAAAUGUUUACCACUUUUUACUAAUACAAUUAAAAUUCAGUUAAGAUCUCGAGUGAAAUUUAUUUAAAUUUUGGAGUUAUUUUUCUUGUUUUAAGAAGUUUUUUUUCUCCAUAUUUAAUACAUAGAUUUAAAAGAGCACUCAGUACCAAAGUUACAAAAUGUUUCUUUUAUCAAUUCUAAAUUAUUUUUAACUUUUGAACCUUGUCUGUGAUCCACAGUGCCAAUAUUGUGGAAAUUCAACAUAUUUCCAGAUUUUUCAAAUGUUUCAUCAAAUAAUACAUAAACUGUUCAUAAACGAAUGUUGUGCUCUGAAAUAUUGCAAAAUCUAAAAAAACCGGCAUCAUUUCACUGCAAACCAAGAUGUUCAAGCUCUCAAACAAAAAUCAAGCAGUAUUUUUCCAACUUAUCCUUUUUAACUUAAGCUAGAAACAAGCAAUUUGCAUUUUUGAAAUGUAUAUGUCUAGGCCUACAAAAAAAAGUUUAAAAAUUGCUGACUAAGUUUCAGAGUUUUCUAGAUUUCAGUGAUUUCAAUGUUUUCUUUUGGGGACCACUGCAUGUAGAAUUGGUUUUGUGUUUUUUUCCCAAUGAAUAACUUUUUGCCUUGGUAAAAAAUACUUUCAGAGCUAUAAUUUGUUUAACAGUAUCAUAUUUUAGCUGUCUUAAAAUACAAAUUAGUUAAGUAAAAGCAAAUAUAAAUUCAAUUUACAGUGUCAAAACAAUUCUUUUCAAUAUAAUGUUCAAACUUUCAAAAAAGAAAGUUGCUUACCAAUAGUAUCUUAUUCAUAUUUCUUUAAACAUGUUGCGUUCCCAUUGUCCCCCCCCCUCCCCAUUUUAACUAGCAAUUCUUUUCUUAGUGGUGGAUACAGUUGUAAUCAGCUCUAAAGUUUUUAAAGCUUAUCAAUAUUGUCAAUUGGAGCUUGCUAAAUACGAAGUAGUGGUGGGGA